GGCUUCUGGGUCAUUCGCCGAAUGAUGAAAAGGAAGGAGACUCCAAAUCCCAGCACAGCCCCCACCUUCGGCUUGCGCGAUGGGCCUGCGCUUCCGGUUGGCUCAGGCGUAGUGAGGCCCCCGAGGGUGGGUGGGUAGGUGGGAUCCUUAUAUCCCAUAGUUCAACGCGCACUCAGUAUAAAGUCCCAAGAGGUGUAGCGACGCGUAUGGCAUCCUGGGAGUAGUGUCCUUCGCUCAGGCUUACUUGGAGCCGAGCUGGAUGUUUGCGCAGGAGCGGUGAGCGGCCCGAGGCGAAUUGGCUGACAUCUGAUUGGCUUUCCCGAAAAGUGAACUUGCGACCCAAGAGGAGACGAGGCGGGGUUUCAGGCUGGAGGAGGCGGAGCUUCUGGGCUUUGGGCGCGAGCUGUUGAAAGACAGUUGGUGUUGGCUCGGCUGCUGCAGGUUCGAUACCACCGUAUCAGCGGAGCUCCGUCCCAGACUUUUUCCAUGGCCGAGCCUGGGGAGGUGCGUGCCUCUUCGCUGCCCCCGCCGUCUCUCUGCUCUCGGUCGUCUUCAGAGGCCUCUUUAGCGUCCUCCCCCGUCUUCCCAGUAACUUUGGAUUGGCCUGUUCCGAGCAGGAGCAGCAGCCGAACAGUGGACCGGCUGGAGGAAGUGGAGCUGCAGAUUGGAGAUGCAGCAUUUUCACUAACCAAACUUCUUGAAGCCACAUCUGCAGUAUCAGCUCAAGUGGAAGAGCUUGCCUUCAAAUGUACAGAAAAUGCACGUUUCCUUAAAACAUGGAGGGACCUCCUGAAAGAAGGCUAUGAUUCUUUGAGACCUGACAACUGAUUUGGCAUGAUUAAUUAGCUAUUGAAAUAAUGACUGUGUAAUUAUUCAAUUUUCCAUAUAUAUAUUUGCACAUGUAUAGGAUAAUUUCUUUCAAGCUGUUCUGGGUACUCGGAAUGAAAUUUUCUUGGUUUUGAUUUUUGUGAAAGCAGGUUACUGAUAUUUUUGUUGAUAGCAAGUUUUUGGUAUGAAAGUUAAUUUCAUUAGAUAAUUAAUAUUUAUAAUGCUACAGUGCAACCAGUAUUAACUAGGUAGGCCAUUAUUAAUUUUACAAGAAGAUUCCAAGAAUGGCAGAGUUUGAGGGGACGUUUUAGUGUAGCCUCAUUUUAUGGACCAAAGUAGGUAACUGUGAUUAAAUUUGCCAGUGGUAGACCCAUCUCCAUCAAGCUAAGUUCCCUAGAGCUGAUGAUGGUGUCUUAAUUACCUCUGUUAUCUCCAGCACCUGAAAUAGUUUGUUAAAUAAACAAAACCUUCACUGAAUGUGUGUUGGAUAAAAGUUAGCCAACAUGAUUAAAGCUAUUUUUUUCCUCCGGUUUUUAGCAUGAAGACUAAUUAUUUAUCUACUUUUUAAAAAAAGGUCUUUUUUAUGAGGAUUUGCACUUUGAUGAUUGCUUUUUAAAAUACAUGAUGGGUAUUUUUUUCCUUAUUAUGAUUUUUUUUUUUUUAAGUCUUUAAUUCAGAAAAUGAAAGCCGGUCUGGAAAGAAUGCAUAAUUUUCUCUAUUUCUGUGGUUAAGUGCUUUUACAGUUAAUGUUUCCUGUAUUUGAUGUAUUUAUAUAUUUGAUUGCUGUCUUAAAAGUGCCUUGUUAGAGUUAGGGUUCUAAACUGUUGCAUUUGGAGCACUGGAAAUUGUUUAUGUAACAAUUCUAAAGAAGUUUUUUGUUUCUAAUGCAUCAAGUUUAAAUAGUGUGAUUGUUUUCAUGUUCUUUGACCUUACUGAUCCUUGUUUUUUACUUCUCCUUUAUCUUAUAUAUUGCUUUUGUUUUGUUUUGUUUUGUUUUUGAUAGUUUGUGUCAUAUGUGUCAAUUAAACCAACUAAAUCUCUACAUUGUAACUUCUGUGACAUUUUGAUAGGAGCAUCUUAAUUCUUUGUAUAUAUGGAAAUGUGUACAGACAAUAUUCUAAAGUCCCACAUUGGGGCUAUGAAAGGGGACAAAUGGAUGGGCAAUGAAUAGUUUUGUUUAGCAUAUUAGGUCACAGUUCUUAAUUAUGAGUUUAAGUUAAAGAUCACACACAGGCAUGAUUUCUGUACCAAAGAGAUGCUUAUUUUGAUAUUAGAAAAAUAUUUUUUCUUAUGUAUCUUGAAAAUAGCAGUUGUUAAAACUUGCAGAAAUAAACUCCUUGAAAACAAA